AUGGCGUCUCACACUUGUGCAAAAACCGACCUUGACGGAAGCAGGGCACUGCUACCUGGACUUAAUGUACCACAACCAAUCACCACUCCAGUCACGCAGCCCACCAUACCUACUCUGCCUGCUGCACCUACCAUGACCGCUGCAUCAUCCAGUAUCCUGCAGGCCAGAGCUUCACUCCUCCGCUCCUCCGCUCCUCCGCUCCUCCGCUCCUCCGCUCCUCCGCUCCUCCGCUCCUCCGCUCCUCCGCUCCUCCGCUCCUCCGCUCCUCCGCUCCUCCGCUCCUCCGCUCCUCCGCUCCUCCGCUCCUCCGCUCCUCCGCUCCUCCGCUCCUCCGCUCCUCCGCUCCUCCGCUCCUCCGCUCCUCCGCUCAUCCCAUCCUCCAUCCCUCCGAGUUUCCGGAAGUUCCUCCGGAACUUUCCUGCGGUCCUCCGGACCUAUUCUGCUUUGGACUUUGUCCUUGCAGCCUUUCCUCUGAUGAAACCCCAUGGUAAUUUCCGGAAGUUCCUCCGGAAGUUGCUUGCACUCGUCUGGAAAGUCCUUCCAGAGUUUCCCGUGCUCCUCUGGAAGUCCUUCAGACUUUCUUGGACUUUCUCUGGACAUCAUCUGAAAUUAAGGGCACAUACUCAGCAUUCCACAUGUGUCAUCACCGCCGACAUCACACUCUGGCGGGUUAAGCGUGUCCCCCACAAACAGCUCAUGUCCUGCAAAAGAGAGUUCAAACUCAGCGGCUCCCAUUCCAAGGAAGAAGAGCCAGAGAGGGAAGACACUGAUGCAGGGGACCAGGAGGACACAUAG